AUGAUUUUUCACUUACUGUUACUCAUAUUUUCUCUCCAUGGCUUGAUCCUUGCUCGAUUCUUGCCUGAGCGUGCGACAAAAGCGUGCACGCUCAGCCCGGACACAUCUGGUGGUGAUGACUCUCCGGCAAUUAUGGCGGCUUUCGAUCGAUGCUCUCAGGACAGUACCAUUGUAUUCGAGAACGGCACGUACCACAUCGAAAGAAUUAUGAUCACAACUGGGUUGAAAAAUGUCAAGGUCGACAUGCGUGGUUAUCUUCUCUGGAGUACUGAUCUCGAUUAUUGGCGAGAAAAUGGUAUUCCGCUUGGGUACCUAAAUAUGACGACGGCAUGGAGGUUUGGUGGGUCCGAUAUACUAUGGGAAGGACACAACAUUGGGACAUUUGACGGAAACGGGCAACUUUGGUAUGAUCUGACAAAAGGAGUUUCGAAUCUUCCAGGACGGCCUAUCAGCCUUGUUAUUACAAAUACUUCUGACUCUGUUUUUGAUGGAAUACGAUUUGUUCAGUCUCAAUUUUGGACAAUGGCAAUCACGUAUUCCAUGGGCCUUCUACUCCAGAAUAUUUAUAUCAACAGUACAUCGAUGAAUCACGAUCCUGCCCGAAACACUGACGGCGUUGACACUUUCUACUCUGAUGAUUUGGUAUUCCGUAAUUGGACUGUCAACAACGACGAUGACUUCAUAGCCCCGAAGGCCAAUUCAUCGAAUAUUUUGAUUCAAGACUCACGUUUCUACCAUGGAGUUGGUGUUGCGAUUGGGUCAAUCGGGCAAUAUCCUGGAGUGUAUGAAUUUAUUGAGAACGUAUUUGCAGAACGCAUCACUUGUAUCGAGUGUCAAUAUGCUGCUUACGUUAAGACAUGGACUGGUGUCCAGCAGGGUUAUCCUCCUAACGGCGGAGGCGGAGGUAUUGGUUAUGCUAGGAAUAUAACGUUCAGAGAUUUUCAAGUACAGAACUUAACACGUGCAGCAGCAUACAUUACACAAUGCACAUCUUUCGAUGGAGCCACAGACGGAUGUGACACGUCGCUCUUCCAGUUAUCAGACAUGGCCUGGGAGAAUAUUCGAGGGACUAUAGACACGAAUGUCCUUGCAGAGUUGCAGUGCAGUGGAUCUGCUCCGUGUCCCGGAAUUAGUUUGCUUGGAUUCGACAUGCUUCAGGCGAAUGGAUCGGAGAGAGAGAUCCAGUGUAGCAAUAUCGUUAAUCCAGUAGGGUUUCAGUGUACGAACGGAUAA